AUGUCAGCAGAUGAGAUGCAGUUCCGCCAAGCGGAAUCGGUAUUUCUUAAGCAGUGGGCCCCGGGAGAGGUGGCCGAGGAAGGAGAGAGCAGCGGUAGCGAAUCAUGGCUUAAACGUAAUGACAUCACAGGAAUGGGCAUCACCAUAAAGAUGCUGUUCGCCUAUUUGUUACAGUCAUGGUACCACCAUUCUCCUAACUUUGGAAAUACUUCUGUGUGUGCUGCGAGGGAGCGGUGCGUGGGAAUCAUGGCUAGGAUAAGGAAGGGGCUGCUUCUGCUGCUGACUCAGGUGGUGGUCCAGCGCGCAGAAAUUUCCCCGCCGUUUAGUCACCGUGGGGUAAGAUAUUUUGUCAACUCAGACAGUACACCUCGCCUUCACAAAGAACCAUGGAAUGUGUUGGAAGUGAUGUCAUUACCCCCGGUUCUGAAUCCAGAAACCUUUGGAUUUCCCAGUCACAUAGACCUCCUCAGCUUCAACACAGGAACCGGUACAACCAUAUUAGCAGUGGCCCAGGAUAAGCUGACUCAGUUCAUACAAACAUUAACGGAUUCCGGCGUGGCCUUCCAAACCAAGAUACAAGAUCUCUCCCAAUUGUUCUUAUCACCUCUUACGUACGACAUGACAAGGCGUCUCCCGAGAGGUGACGCAACCUUUGAUCGCUACAUGUACUACCAAGAGAUCGUGUCCUACAUCGAAGGGCUGUCCUCCAGGUACUCAAAUAAGGUUCAGGUUGACAAGAUUGGCCAGAGCGUCGAGGGCAGACCUAUAUAUCUCAUUACAAUCAACAAGAAAACCAAAACCCGAAAAGUCGACAAACCUGUUAUAUUCAUAGAAGCAGGGGCGCACGCGAGGGAGUGGGUGUCCCCGGCCUCGGCGCUGUACCUGGUGGAGCGCCUGCUGGAGAGUCCGUCCCUCCUGCGCAAUGCCGAGUGGCGCGUCGUCCCGCUGCUCAACCCCGACGGCUACGUCUACUCCUGGAACCAUGACCGACUGUGGAGGAAGAACCGCGCCCCUUCAUCUGUUCCCGAAUGCUUUGGCGUUGACUUGAACCGAAACUUUGACUUCUACUGGGGAGGGCUCAAACCCGUUCAGUGA